AUGGGCAUUUGUUCAUCUACAUGCAAGAUGUUACGCAGGGUGAAGUAUGUUUUCCUGCUGCUUCUCACCCUGUCUGUGCUGGCAUGGUUUUCCAUGUUCUCUGGUGGCAGUGUAAAAUCUGCACUGGCCCCCUCGACGGCAACGAAAGCUGUCAUUAAACGGGACAGCAUGCAAGACGAAGCAAACUCGGGAACAUCAAAGGUGGUCCGCUUAAUUACGCCAACACCCAUCGUAGAAUGUCCUAAAGAAUCACCACUGCUACAAGGCGCAGUGAAGCUGAACUUUGAGCCCUCCCUGAAGCUGAAGGAGGUGGAGGUCGAGAACAAUCAAGUGAACGAAGGCCGGUAUCAGCCUUCCUCCUGCACGGCGAGACAAAGCGUGGCCAUUCUUAUUCCCCAUCGCAGCCGAGAACGACACCUCCUCUACCUGCUUUACCACCUGCACCCCUUUCUACAGAGGCAGCAACUCCACUAUGCUGUUUAUGUCAUCCAACAGGCUGGCAAUGCCACUUUUAAUCGUGCCAAAUUACUAAACGUGGGUUAUUUGGAGGCUCUUAAAGACUACAGAUGGGACUGUUUCAUUUUCCACGAUGUGGAUUUGGUUCCUGAAAAUGAUAAAAAUCUCUACAUUUGUGAUAAGCAACCCAAACACUUGGUGGUUGGACGCAACGCUACCGGAUACAAGCUGCAUUAUAAAGGUUACUUUGGAGGAGUUACAGCCAUGAAAAGAGAGCAGUUCCGUAAAGUGAAUGGAUUUGCAAACACCUACUGGGGUUGGGGUGGGGAAGAUGAUGACCUACGCAUCAGGGUGGAGCUGCAGAAAAUGAAAAUUGUGCGUCCACCGGCUGACCUUGCACGCUACACAAUGGUGUUUCACAAACGGGACAGCGGCAAUGAAGUCAACAAAGACAGGAUGAAGCUGCUGAGACGAACAACAUUGGUUUGGAGAAAGGAUGGACUGAACAGUUGCAAAUAUCAGACAAUAUCAGUGGAUAGGCUUCCACUCUAUAUCAAUGUGACUGUAGACAUUGGGAAGCCAUAG